GAAGCCAGCCAACAUGGCGGACUACGACUUGACCACUAAGAUAGCUCAUUUCCUGGAUCGGCAUUUGGUUUUUCCUCUGCUGGAAUUCCUGUCUGUGAAAGAGAUCUACAAUGAAAAGGAACUUCUUCAGGGGAAGCUGGAUCUCCUCAGCGAUACAAACAUGGUGGAUUUCGCCAUGGAUGUUUACAAAAACUUGUACCCGGACAAGGAAAUCCCACACUCUCUGAGGGAGAAGAGGAGUACUGUGGUGGCUCAACUGAAGCAGCUGCAGUCAGAGACGGAGCCAAUUGUCAAGAUGUUUGAAGACCCAGAGACGACUCGACAGAUGCAGUCCACGAGAGAUGGGAGAAUGCUAUUCGACUACCUUUCAGAGAAACAUAAUUUUCGACAAGAAUACCUGGACACACUGUACAGGUAUGCCAAAUUCCAGUACGAGUGUGGUAACUACUCCGGGGCUGCAGAGUACCUCUACUUCUUCCGUGUACUGGUUCCUUCAACAGACAGGAACGCAUUGAGCUCCCUGUGGGGGAAACUGGCCUCUGAGAUCCUGAUGCAGAACUGGGAAGCAGCCAUGGAGGAUCUCACUCGACUAAGGGAGACGAUUGAUAACAAUUCUGUGAGCUCUCCGCUGCAGUCACUCCAGCAGAGGACCUGGCUCAUCCACUGGUCCCUCUUUGUGUUCUUCAACCACCCGAAAGGCCGGGACAACAUCAUCGAGCUCUUCCUCUAUCAGCCUCAGUACCUAAAUGCCAUCCAGACAAUGUGCCCACACAUUCUGCGAUACCUUACAACUGCAGUCAUCACCAACAAGGACGUGCGAAAGCGCAGACAAGUGCUCAAGGACUUGGUGAAAGUCAUUCAACAGGAGUCGUACACAUACAAGGACCCAAUCACGGAGUUUGUCGAGUGUCUCUACGUAAACUUUGACUUCGACAGCGCACAGAAGAAGCUGAGGGAGUGCGAGUCGGUUCUUGUAAAUGACUUCUUCCUUGUGGCUUGCCUUGAGGAUUUCAUUGAAAAUGCCCGUCUCUUCAUCUUUGAGACCUUUUGCAGGAUCCACCAGUGUAUCAGCAUCAGCAUGCUGGCAGACAAGCUCAACAUGACGCCGGAGGAGGCGGAGAGGUGGAUCGUCAACCUCAUCCGUAACGCCAGACUCGAUGCCAAGAUCGACUCCAAACUGGGCCACGUGGUGAUGGGCAACAACGCAGUGUCGCCGUACCAGCAGGUGAUCGAGAAGACCAAGAGCCUGUCCUUCAGGAGCCAGAUGUUGGCGAUGAACAUCGAGAAGAAAGUCGCCCACAGUAACAGGAACGAGACGCCGAACUGGGCUGCUCAAGACUCCGGCUUCUAUUAAAAUGGAAAUCACCUUCAAGAGGAUGCAGAUGGCUCUUUGGAAUAUUAUUUGGGCUUUUUUAUUGAAUUCAUUAAUUUAUCAGUUUAGCUGCUAUUGUGAUUAAACUGGCCGCUUAAGUUCUCCAGUUAAAAAAAAAUCAAAGAGGAGGCAGCAAGGCUCGAUGGAGACAUUGUCAUUCGGGGUAUUAUUUAUUAAACGGACACUCUCUUCAUCAGAAUUUAUUUAUUAUCUUUCAUUAAAGCUGGGGUAGGUGGAAAAUUUGAAAACAAGUACUCCUGCAGCUCGACUCUCUUCCCUCUUUGUCUCAGGCUCCUCCUACCAAAUGACCACGGCCACACGGGCUCACACAGUGACCCAAUUAGAGGAAAAAAAUAAUUUAAAAAAUAAGGCAAAGUACUGCAGCACUUGAGAACUUAUAUAUAGAACAGAAAAUGUACAAUCAAAAUUUGACUGAUACUUUUCAAAAAGUACUAGGGAUGCACGAUAUUGUAUUUUUUUGCAGAUCUAAGAACAACUCAUUUCGCUGACACCGAUAUUAAUAUAUCCACUUUUCCCCCAUCUAAUUUUAGCAAUAAUCAAGUCUCUUCUGUAGUAAAAUUAACAUCAUAUUAUGCAUGCUUUUAUUGUGAUGACCCAAGAGCAGAUGGAGACAUUAAAUACAAUGAUUUUUCAGAGUUUGUAACAUUCAUUCAUUGUGCAAAAUAAGAAAAAUACUUCAGCUUAGGGUUGAUAUUUGGUACAUGUUUGCUUUGUAAUUUAAAAAAAAUGAUUUGUAAUAUCAGCAGAAAUCUGCAUGUUUGCUGAUUCCGAGUACCGAUGUUGCGCGGGUAUUAUCGUGCAUCCCUAAAAAGUACCAUGACGUAACAAAUAUGAACAAUAAUAUUGUAGGUUUUUUGCCAAAUGAAAAUUAAACUGCCUGCCUCAGCUUUAAGUGUUAAUUUCUCGAUUAAUCACCCAGACUUUUUGAGAAACAUUUCAACAAGAAAUGACACAAUUAACAUUAAACAUUUUUUUGGCUCUUCAGA